AUGGAGCUACUCCGAGUUCCUGGUACCAAAUGGUGUGGCAAGGGAUUCUCAGCCACAAGGUACUCUCAGCUCGGAGGGCACACAAGAACUGAUAGAUGCUGCAGAGUCCACGACUUAAGAUGCCCCUUCUGGAUCGGGGGCAUGGAGAAGAAAUACGGAAUCUACAACUGGCGUGUCAACACGCUAAUGCACUGCCGAUGUGAUGAAAGGUUCCGCGCGUGCCUCAAACUGGCUGACACGUCAGUGUCAAAUAUGGUGGGAAAACUGUUCUUCAAUGUCGUUCAAACCAAAUGCUUUAUUCUAAAGCCUGUGAAGAUGUGCACGCAGCGGUCGUGGUGGGGCAAAUGCCUCCGAAGAGGUUACACCAAGCAGGCCUUUUUAAGAGACAACCUCCCUUACUAG